AUGUCGAACGCCGAACUCGCCAGCGCGUACGCCGCUCUCAUCCUUGCCGACGAUGGCAUUGAUAUCACUGCCGACAAGUUGAACACCCUUAUCAAGGCCGCCGGUGUCGCCGAUGUCGAACCCAUCUGGGCUACUCUGUUCGCCAAGGCUCUUGAGGGCAAGGAUGUGAAGGACCUGCUUUUGAACGUCGGCUCGGGCGGUGGUGCUGCUGCUGCCGCUCCUGCUGCCGGUGGCGCCGCUGCCGCUGGUGGUGCCGCUGAGGCUGCUCCUGCUGAGGAGGAGAAGAAGGAAGAGGAGAAGGAAGAGUCCGACGAAGACAUGGGCUUCGGUCUUUUCGACUAA